GGGCUGUGAGGGUGUCAGUUACCGAACAAACAAUCAAGGUGAUGGGCGAAGGGUGAGCAUACAGCCCGUCCCUAAUGUUGUGGGGAUCGCAGAAAAACCAAAAACACGAUGUUGUAACGGAUGGACAACCUUCAAGAUGAUUUGCAUUUACGCGUAUGAAGAAAUCCUACGCUUCUUUUCCUGCGGGAGUACAAGGGACUACGCCAGAAAGUCCUACAACGUGUUCAAUCCAAACAACCGAUUCCGCCGAAUUUGUACUUUACUGAAGGGAAGUACGACACUGAAGUACUUACUCAUCACCUAUGCGUGUACGAAUGAGCUGGUGCACCUUGAAGCAAUGGCUUCGCGCAUCCCCUUACGUUUUGCAGAAUUACUCGAUAUCAUCUUAGUUAUUCUCCUACUGCUCGAAUUCGUCUAUGAAACUGUCGCCAUCGGCCUUUGGAAGGGACGAAAGUGUUACUUCCGGCAACCUUGUUGUCUAUUCAACUUCGCGAUCCUCGCAGUAGCAAUAAGCGAAGUCAUCGUCACGUAUCUUGCCCGCUGCCAUCCACCAGAUUACAUACCUCAAGUCUCGUGGUAUACAUCCGAAGUAGCGCUCUUCUUUGAGUUGGUCCGCAAGCUACGCGUUCUACGACUCUUUGAAACAAAAACGUGCAAACUCGCAUUCACCAUCUUCAGAAAAUGCGUAGCGAAUCUACUGGCCUUGGCCGGCCUCGUCUUCAUCUUUGUCUUCUUCUACCUCAUUGUCUACUUCCACACGUACGGCUACACUCAGUUCAACGUAUGCCAUACGCAAGUAACUGAAAAGACACAGAUCUCCCAGGCGGCGUCCCCGUCAGUGACGUUCUCACAUGAUACGGCAGACGCUUCGUUAAUGUGUAACGCGGAGAGUGGAUACUGGGAAUAUGACCUCAGCCAAGAGUACCUGUGUCGGCCAGAUCUGCCAUGCCGCGACGGGACGGAGUGCCGAAAUAUCUUCACUCUCCCUAGAGAGUCGACGCUUUGUUCAUCUUCGCAAAUAUUCAAACUUCAGCAGAAAGGGUGGUCUUCAAUGUACGACACACCUCUGGGCGACUGGGGAAUGACAGGGUUCCACAAUGCGUUUUCCGCCCUCAUAAGCUUCCUUCAGUGUGUGACGCUCGAAGGCUGGUCAGAAGUGAUGUACCGUUUGGCCGACGGCGAUGGUACAUUCCGCGGCGUGCUGAUUUACAUCCUUCACCAUUCUGUGGUGAUCCUCGGGAAUCUGCUUUUAAUGAACCUCGUAGUCGCCGUCAUGUGGGAAAGUACCCUGCUCCAAACGAACAAGUCACGGGCAGUCGAUGCGAAGAAAGAGGAUCUACAGAUGUUUGAGAUUUUGGGGUUGGAAUGGAUCCGUUUUCUGUUGCAAAAGGCAGAAGACAAUGAAGUCCUUCGAAGCGAAGCAAAAAUCAUGGAAUUUCUCCUUGUCCAUCGCCAUGGCGUGCCGAGACAAAGUGAAGAGGUCGCCACUGGGGAGACAGACCUGAGGGACGAGGAUGACUGUUCCUCGAAACUCGGGCGGUGCUGGAUCUCGGUGUGGCAGACAGUCUAUACAAUCGUUGCGCGCAAGCAAUACGCGACAUUAGUGUUCCUCAUAUCUGCAGCAGAUGCACUUUUUAUAAUUAUUGCCGACGCUGUAGAGCUGAUGGACACUUAUAGAUCCGUAAACUGUUUCUUCGUCAUGUGCUAUACGGUCGAUGCCAUUCUCCAGCUUGUCGCCUUCGGCUGCCGGGAGUUUGUCCGAGACGGGUUCAAGAUAUUCGAUCUCGUUCUUGCCGUUGUCGGUGUCAUCGAGGUGCUGUUCAGUCUCGUCGUGUGCGGCGGCUUUGCCACUUGCUACGAUGCCGACGCGGACAACGCCAGGGACGUCGUGAAGACGGUUGACCUCGUUCUGAAUGUCCUGCAUAGUUUCCGCUUAUUUAAACUAGUGAGGAACUUCACUUCCCUGCGGCUUCUGCUAGAAGUUAUUGCCGACUUACUUCGUAGCGUUGUCUUCUUCUACGCGUUGUUGUUGUUCCACGUCUAUGUCUUCGCGACCGUUGGCUUUGCCCUCUUUUUCGACCCAAAGUACGGCGCAGACGUGUGGUCGAUUGAGGUAACGAAGUACAGCAAUUUCAAAACCAUCUGGCAAGCCCUUCUGCUAGUUUUCGGUCUGCUCACCGGGGAAAGCUGGAAUGUAGCGAUGCGCGAGUUCUAUAGUGUCUACAUUGCGGAUGCUCAAGCCAUUCCUGGAAGCGCUCUUUCGUCAAAUGUGAUUUUCGAGAGUAGUGCGAACAUCUACAUAAUCUGUAUGUAUAUUUUUGUCGCAGUGCUGUUCCUCUGUUGCUUUAUCUACAACGUUUUCGGUGCUGUGCUCAUCGGUCAGUAUGUCACAGCGCGCAAAAUGGUCUUCAAUUCACACAUCUUCCAGUUCAUCAAACUUUGCCGGGAACUGGGGAUCGAGAUGCCGACUCGCGCAGCGUUAGACAGAGAGAACUUGCAAAGGAUGUAUUCUUUGGCGUCACCUAGAAUGGUGGGUCAAAAGAAAGCGCGGAGAGCUUUAAGUGAAUUUCUUCGACCUCGAUCUUGGUCGAACCAGGAGCGGCUCGGCUUCUCCAAAGCAUCUACUGGUGCCGCCUGGAUGAUACACCGGCUUACACGAUCAAUCUCUAGAGCUUCAACGUUACGACGUCGUAGUCAAAGGCUCUCCUCUGAAGGCAGGAGAACCACCAAAAGGAAAGCGGGCAAGGCCAGACAAGGCCAAAGGAUUCCAGACACCCAGCGCCAGCAGCGAGCUUAUCGAGUGUUGGCUGAUGUCUUUCCGUGGCGGCAGAAAAAGGGACGUAGUAAACAAGGUGGACCAUACUCAGCAAUUGAAGGGAAAAACGUUGCAGGACAGGGAAUCAGACUUGGUGCUACUGGCGAUUGCCGCGGCAAGGAACGCCGUGUCGCAAGACCUUCGGCUUCUCUUUCUUCCUCAAGCAUCAGCGAGCGACAGUGCAGCACGAGGGCUGACAACUUCGGGGGGCUCUGGGCUGUUGGCCACGACGUGAGACCAGGUGAUGGCGCAGGCAUUUUUUACCGCGCGGACACGCCGUCCGGCCUUCCUGCCACUGAACACAGGGCCGCCAGCGAGGAGACUGACUUAGGCGGCUCCCUGUCUUUUUGUGAGUCCGUUUGCUACCUGUUCAGCCUCUCCUUGAUAUAUUUCUGUGACACAAUCAUUCGACUUGUCUCUUGUCCCUUCAAGCGGCUGAAUGCGCGCAUCGUUUCGUACGACAUACAACGCCCCGACGCAAUCGUUGAUUUCAUCCGGUUCAUUCUCGUUGACGAGGGGCUCGUUGACGCCAGCAAAAAGACGGUAGUGCGUGCUUCAGGUUCACGCCGCAGAGGCAAGCCAGGGUCUAUGGGCGACAGCAGUAGCGCGUCGGAGAUUCCAGAUGUGGGUCUGGAGUUUUUUCAAGGCGGACGUGUCAGCACGUUCCUCAGGCAGGUGAUGAAUGGGACAGCCUACCGCUGGAUCGUGGCGGGACUCGACAUCGCGUCCCUUGCCUGUCUCGUUGUCGAGUGCAUGCUGACCGACAACUACGAGACACGGAAGGUCUUUGGCGUGCUCGAAUGGGUUUUUGCGUGCGUGUUUCUCCUUGAGGCUCUCCUGAGAAUUUCCGCUUACGGCUGCUGUCGAGGAAGAUGUGUUGCUUUGGAUUCAGUGGCCACGCGCACUGCCUUCGCUGUGUCACUUUUGUCUUGCAUUUUACUCAUCGUCAAUCAGGUUUUCUUUGUUAUUGAGGGUCCAGACUCUGCGAUUACCUUUGUCUGGCAACUCCCAUUGUUCCGAGUGGUCAAGGUGUUGAGGUCUCUUCGAUCGUUUCUUUUAUUCUCGCUUGUAGAAAUGUGGGGAGUGCGUCUCGUAGUUCGUUCCUUAGUCGCUUGCAGAAGGAGCCUACUCAUACUCUCUGCUUUCCUGACUCUCGUCUAUAUAAUCUUCGCGCUAAUAUUCUCUCGAAUCAUACGCGUCGACUACGUACCUCCUGAGGAUCCGAAUGAAGUCGCAUACACCUUUCGGACUUUCAAGGAUGGGUGGUUAGGCGUCUUCGUCCUGGCAACAAACGAAGGCUGGCCUUUGCUACUGGCCAAGGUACUCGACCGUUCCCCAACGCAACGAGUGACGCUUACUGUCCUUUUCUUUAUAUUCAUUUCCACUGUCUCCAUUUUCGCGGUGAAGAUGUGUGUGGGCAUUAUCGUUGACGCUUCCCGUCGGAAGAAGGCCCGAAUGGAAAUGGAAGGUAGUCUGCUAAGCGCUACCGUUCAUAAGUGGAUCGAAAUUCAGGAGCUUCUCUUCAAUGCCCCGCUUCAGCAUGGUGAUACAAUGCCCGAUUUUACUAAUGCAGACAGUAAAAAAGUCGCUUUCGUCCGGAAGAAGCUUGCAGCUAUUGUGACUAGCGAGUGGUUCAGAAUUGUGGUCGCACUUCACACGUGCAUUUGCUGUCUUCUACUUUUCUUGUACGGUCCCUGGUAUGAUCUGACUCUUGGGCCGUACCACCAGAACAGGCGAGUGUAUCUCCACAUCGCCUUGGUCGGUAUGUCACUCUUUUUUUUCUUCGAGAUUGGUGUAAAGAUCUUUGUACGCGGCCAACUCUUCUUUCGUGACACUUUAGACAUCAUGGAUGCCAUCGUCUGCUGCUUGCUCAUUGGAAUAUUUGUCGUCGACGUUGUGUGGUGGACUUUGUGGCGCCUGCCUCUGGAGUCAUUGACUUUUUGGCUUCUGAGUUUCCGUCUUUUCCGGGUGGCUCGCUUUCUCUACCGUCAGAUGCCGUUCUUCCAAACGCUGUUUACGACUAUCUGCCGCGUGAUGAAGAGUUUUCUGAACGUCUUAACCCUGCUCUGUCUUUCUAUUUUUUUCUUCGCGAUGUGGGGGGUCGUGCUUUUCAAUGAUGCCCCGGUCGAGAAGUACUUUAACCGGCAUGUCAACUUCAAAGCGUUAACAAGAGCUAUGAUGGCCCUGGUAGGCAGCUGUACGGGCGAGGACUGGCACAUGAUUCUUCAACAACUGCGGAUGUACUACACCACCACGGGCCAAAACUUUCUUGCCUACUUGGUCAUUUUCUUCUUCAUCUGCUUCAUUAUCCUUGUCUUCUUUAUACUCAUGGAUCUCUUCACCGCUGCCGUUCUGGAUGAGUACAUGGACACGGUGAAAGACGAGAAUCUGUGGAAGAUCUCGCACCAGCACCGCAUCUUAAUCGAGAGGUGGAAUCCAAAGAACGAGCCUGGUAACAACUACAAAAGUCUUGACGACAUGGUUGAGUUGUUGAGUACAAUUGACCACCCCAUUGGAAUCAAGCACCGCUAUCAUCCUGGAGAAAAAAGGAAAACGAUUCUCGCGUACAUUGCGAAAUAUGGACUCCCGAUACAUGAGGGCUCCCGUGUUCAUCUACGUGAUGCCGUGCUCAACAGUGCAAAAAGAGCGUGCGAGUUCCACGCCAUGAGCCACGGGGUGAUGGAUAUGCAGGAUGGCCAGGUGGAGCUGAACCCACACCUUAUUACCAGCUGGAUAGGAAAAUUCCCGGAAGUUGCCCAUACUACCGCUGAAUAUGAUCUUCGGCACUACCUGGCCGCGGAAACAAUCCAGAAUUGGUUCCGUAAACGCCAUAUGGUCAUCAACGGAGAGCUCGCGAACCCAGAGUGGUGUGCGGCUCGGGUUGUAUCUUUCCUUGUUGAGGCUCAGACAGCCCGGCUUCACCGCCCAAGCGGACGAAACGUACUCCGAGGCAGUCUGCUUGACCAUCGCCAGAGUACUUCUGGAAAGCGCCGCAGUCAACCGGGUUCGCAAACAGACUCUACAACGGGAAGCUCAAGGUUAGUGACGAUAUCGUCUGGCGAAAGCUAUGAAACUUUGUGUGCGUCUGAAGAGCCAACCCCGAUGACUGGGGGGAUUAAUCAAGCUAGAAUGAGUUUGACUGAACCAACAUCAGCUCGAGGAAGCGCUUCUGGCUCGAGCUCGAAUAGUCGUCGAGGAAGCUUGCGGCCAGGAAACGACCUUGACUUGGCACCUCGCGUCCUCUUUGAAUCCUGCUUGCUUGUGCCUGAGGGAGAGAGCACAAAGCAACCAAGCUCUAAGGAACGCCUCAGCGUGAGCUCCAUGAGGGCAGGUGACGGCUUGCUUUCCGCUACUCCGGGUGAGAACAUUCUUGAAAGACGCCUUGGUCCAAGCAGACCUGCUCGUCUUGCCGACGGAGAAGGCGAAGUACGCGAGCGCAGCAACCGACCAAAAAUUCGUCGAAGCUUCAUCCGUGACGGACAGAAGCGCAGUACCGCAGAGUUGAGAGUCUCGGGAGACACCCAGAGACGAAAUAGUUUUCACGAAUGCGAAAUUGGCAUCCAGACACACAACGAAACGACAGAUCAGCAUUGUUUAAUUGAGAGAGGCACACACUUGGAUCAUGGGAGGCAAGGUGUGGCGUCAAACUGUGCUGUCACCGUGACCACACCCCCAUCGCAGAUGCAAGCAAGCGAGGGGGAAGACGCCCCCCGAAGAUCGUUGCGACACCAUCACACGCGUACUACCUCAGAGGCUUACACGCACGGCAAUAGUAGAGACCCGCAAACUGGAGAGGCAUCACCUUUCACAAAUAUGGCGGACACGUACAAGAGAUAUACAAGGACAGCUGUAACCCAGCGAAGAUUACCCUCACCUCUAACUGCGGUUUCUGAUGAGGUGUUCCGCGAAUCACCAGGCAGCAAGCACGAACACAAAAAGACGCCGCAGCGUCACACACACUGUAAUCGGGGUGCCGAGGAGGGGCUGGAAAGUAGUCUGCCAAAUUUUAUCUCUGAUGGUGAAUCUAGUGACGAGAAAGAGAAAGUUACACGCUGGUUCGCUUGAGGUCUGACUUUCUCACGACUCUUUUUUCGGGAAAGUCUAGCGAAAGAAACAUUUUGCCGAUAACCACUGUUGGUCGGUUAUACACUUGUGGGCACCCUGAUGACGAUGACUUCUCGCCUGGCCUCUUCAAAUCUGCCUUCAUAACUUGUGAUGACGCAAUAUACGAUUGACUUGUUGCCAGUUGGUGACGCAUGCACUCCGCCACAGAGCGACGGGGGAAACAUAGGCCUGAGAAGACUCCGCAGACACUCAUUGAAAUUACUAAGCUUGCCGGGGACUUAGUUCAAGAGGGUGCCUUUGAGUCGUGAAAGAAACGCUUCGGUGACCGGAUGAGGAAACAACACAG